CAAACACAAGGAUACAGAAGUGACACAAGUUUUGACGUUUGACAUUCCAAAAUUAGUGGAAUUUAAAGAAACUUUAAACAGUGAUUUUCCACUUAAUUAUUUAAAUUAACAACAAGCCGAAACCAGCUAUAAUAACCCCUAAGCUACAUAGUUUUGUUUUAUUAUAAGUCACAAUGGCAGCAUCGAAAGUCACUUUUAAAAUUACGUUAACGUCGGACCCCAAGCUCCCUUUUAAAGUAUAAACCGACUCAGAAAUGACAGUAGCUACCAAAAUACGCCAUGCUAUGGCCAUAUAUGACACCUCAGCGGCAAACAUAAAACAAAUUCUGACAUCAUUUCAUAAUGUAAACCAAAUUUACGAGAAUCAGCAUUGGGUUAAAACGGUGACGGCGGAAGAUAUUAAACUGGUUUUUAAGUUGGGUCAUUUUAUUGAGAAAACAGUACAAAAAUGUGAUGAGAGGAACAGUAGGGAACAGUUUUUUGGAUUGUUGAAUGUCUGGGGCGAGAAAAAUCAGAUUGUGGUUUAUGACUACGAGUUCUACGCAAAAAUGUGCGACCAUCUUUUAGUCAAGUUUUUCAAAUGUAGGCCUUUAAAUGAAAGGAUUAUUGACAUAGCGGUUCGCAUGUACACUUCAUUGUUUUCUAAAGACAGAUUGCAGGCUGUAUUAAAGGAUUUAAUCAUGACUUCAGCUUCUUUUGAAGCAAUUUCACAAUUUUGUGUCGCUAAUAAAACUAUUAUAAACGUAAAUAAUUUAAAACACCAAUUAAUUCUAAAUGAGUGGAUUCGAGACUAUGAGAAUGGCAAUAAAGACAUAAUCUUAACACUAGUAAAGGAAUCCUUGACUAGUUUUAAAGUCGAAAAUUCUCUUCCAGUUUUAUUAGGAAUCUUAGCACUUGAAGUGAAAAACCCUGUUACGGAUCUGAUUUUGCAAAGUAUUUUGGAAAAAAUGUUAGAUAGGAGUAUUCUCAGUAAAAAUUUUUGGCUCACAAUUACUAAAACAAUCGACGGUAAUUGUUUGGUCCAAGUUUGUAUUAAUUAUAGUGAGUUUUUGGAAUAUUUUUGUAAUUUUUUAAUUUAUCUCGGUAGCAUGAUGGAAGAAAUAAAUUCCGAGUGGAUGACCAAUUCUAGUAUAAGUAUAUGUCCUGAGAUAACGUAUAAUGAAUUAAAAACAAUUUUCAUAACUUUGUGUAAGCAUUCACUUAUUGAGAAUUAUGUAAGGAAUAUGUUAAAAGAGGCUGAAAAAUGUACAGACUCAAAGAUAUGGAACGAAAUUAAAAAUAAAUGUUAAAAUCGUU